AUAAUAAUAAAAAUGAGGCGAAACCAAAAAUGGCAAUUCUUCCUCGUCUUCCCGCCCGUCGGCCACCAUGGUGAGAACGCGAUGCAAGUCCGCCGCUGCCACUCCCCACUCUAUCCCCUUCAAGACCGACCGGCCGCCGAUCGCCACCGCCAUUACGCCGAAAACACCGCUUAGUUGUUCUACAUCUAUCAUUCCUUCCUCACUCAAAUCAGUUUUUCUGUACGAUUGGUGGCUCACAAAGGUUGAUGAUGGCGAGGGCUUGGCUGUCGGAGGGUUUGCUUCCAGAGAAGGUGCUGGGGUUAGAGUAUUUUAUUCUGCAGCGAUUUCUAAGAGACAUGAAGCCAGCAUUCUCGAGGCAAUAGAUGGCAUUGUCAUUACUGUCAGUGGCUUCAUAAAUAGAUCACGAACGCUUGAAAAUGGCUUUCCUCCGAAGGUGUACAAUCAUUUCCUUCUUGGUUUUCCCUUCAAUUGGAAAGACUAUAUGGGUUCUAGUUCGGAUAAAAAAUCCCAGUUCAAGUGUAUUAAAGGAAGUACUUCUCAUCCUGACCAUCCAGGUAGAAGCCAUGAUUUUGAAGCUGAUUUAGACAAUCUUGCAGUUACUAGGUUGCGAGAUCUCUUUUUGUCCUCCUGUGAAAAAUCUAGUCAUGGCCUCUUUAUGACGAACCGAAAUUCAAGUCGUAGUCCAACAAAAAAAUUUGAAUCUGGACUAGAAACCCUGAAAGGAAGACCUCAACGAGUGAAUUCCUAUCAAUACGUUGACGAGCAAGGUUUCCGGGAUGAGAGGAAGUAUAGUGAUGUAAAGGAUCCAUUGCACAGUAGUCAAGAAACUGAUUCUACGGUGGAAAUUGAACCCCAGAAUCUAGGAAGCAGAAGUGUUUGCACAAGAAGCAUGACCAAGUUGAAAAAUUCUAGUAACAGAAGUAAAGAGAGGCUCAUAUCAGACUCUCACAAGAGAAAAAAGGACCAGGAGAGUAACCCUUCAUGUGAAAACUCUGGAAAGAGAACUGGACCAAGAGUUAAAAGUAGCUCAAAUUAUAAGUCAACAACCGAUUUUACUUUUAGAUUUGAAAAGGAAGUUGAUGCAAUCACAGAUAAACCUGAGAGUAGAAGAUCAAGUCUUAGGCUAAGGAACCAAAAGCGUCGAUAGGUGUGGUAUACUCCCAAGUUUUUGUGCAAUGUUGGUAUCCAUUCCCUUAAAGAUUGGUAUUCAAAUCAAGUAUCCAUUCCCUCACAAUCUGAUCUCAAAUCGACUUCGACAGUUUUUUUUUUUUUUGUUCUUUUUUUCUUCAAUUUGAUUGAUAAGAUUAGGAAAAAUGGACAUCUUCCCACAGUUGUAGAUAUUUUUGUUUCUUAUUGUUGUGUACGUAUAUGUUGUCAGUGUAUGUUUAUGGUACAAGCAUCAGAUUGCUCGCUGGAGGGUUGUGUAUUAUUUCUAUGUACAAAGAAAGAUGACAAUCUCCUUUGGAGAAACAAUAGGUUAUUUUGGCUUUUGGGAAGGCAUCUAUGAUCCUUCUAAAAUUAUGUGGAAGAGCUUUCUUGCUUUGAA